UUCAUUUGAAGUUUAAUAUGUGGCAUGGUGUGAAAGGUUGUGUUUAUACUCUACUUUAACAACCUGCUUGUUUUGUAUUUGUAAUUAUACAUUCAUAUCUAAUCCUCCAAAAGAACUGAAAACAUAGAAAAAUAUUAAACAAACAAAACAUAAAUAACACGAUAUGCUAAUGAAGACGGUAAAAUGUAGUUGAAAGCCCAGGAAAAGCUGACCUUGAGUUGAGAUUAUUUUGUCACACAUACUGAUCCCAUGGUCAAGAACGAACUUCAAUGAAAAAAUAAAACGAAAAUAAAAUAAAGCAAAACUAAAAUAAAAAAGACUAAAAUAAAAAGUGGAAUCAGAGCCACCUCCGGGCAGCUUGCCUGCCCUGCAAUCCCUCCACAGCAACUGCUCAGACCUCCUUUUACCGCGUAAACAUCACUCCUUAUUUGGGUAUCGCAAUGUGUAUACGCAGGCAGACGUCACAGCUACAUGCAAAUCACGCUGAUUGAAGAAAAUCAGAAAAUGGUGGCGCGGGAGUCGCGUAGCGCGCCUGCGUGAACGCUUCUACUACGGGCACACAAGCUAGGCAUACAUAGCCAUUGCAAAAUCGGAAGUCGAAUGGCCUAGCCUUCAAAAUAAGUGUAUCGUCGUUACUCCAACUCGCGACCGAAAUGAGUGCUUAUGACGCUGGCUUUAAUUUGAAAGUGCCAAGCGGAAGUGAUUUUUGUUAUUCCCGUGUCUUGACGCUUCGGCGGGCAACGUUAUUGGUCUGCAUCUGUAUUGUUAUCUGUUAAAUGAGAGCCACUUCUAAAAAGCGGACUGUUUAUCGCAUAUGACACAAGUGUGGGUCGCUCAGCUUUUUUACUUUGAAACAAGAUGUUUGGCUUCCACAAGCCAAAGAUGUACCGGAGCAUAGACGGCUGCUGCAUCUGCAGAGCCAAGUCGUCCAGCUCCCGCUUUACUGACAGCAAACGCUAUGAGACCAACUUCAAGAGCUGCUUCGGGUUGGGGGAGGUGCGUUGUGGGGACAUCUGUAACGCCUGUGUCCUCCUGGUCAAGAGAUGGAAAAAACUUCCAGCUGGAUCCAAGAAGAACUGGAAUCAUGUGGUCGAUGCAAAAGCUGGGUCGAGCAUGAAGGCCACACUGAGGACGAAGAAGAUGAAGAAGAAGCUGAGGCCGAGCCAGAUUAGUCGGGUGCAGAGCGAGCUGAAGAGAAACAACUCGGACGCCCACAGCACGACAUCCAGUGCCUCGCCCGCUCAAUCUCCCAGCUACAGCAACCAAUCGGACGAGGGCUCGGACACAGAACUUUCACCCGGCCCCGCCCCUUCGCAGGCCUUCUCCUUCCUGGACCUCACCUACUGGAAAAGACAGAAGGUGUGCUGUGGGAUCGUGUACAAGGGACGCUACGGAGAAGUCCUCAUCGAUCCCCACCUGUACAAGCCCUGCUGUCAGAGGAAACCAAACCUGCACCAGCAGCCGGAAGGAGAUGGGGAGAUGGAGGAGGAGGAGGAGGAGGAGGAGGAGGCAGGGCAGGCAACGGGAAAGGACGCAGCGAGCAUGUCGCCACACCCCGUACCCAAACAAGAAGAGGAGGUGGAGGAGAAAGAGGAGCUGGGUGAUGAAGCACGGUGAUGGCAGCACAGGGUUGGUAUGGUCUUCCUCGAUGGACAAACAGCACGAGACACUGACGUAUGACACUCGACCAAACAUACAGUAACACAAAUGGUCCAAACCAAGCCUCAAUGUAGUUUUUCCAUGUUUUACAAGCUGCUGCAACCCUUCCAGCCUUUCUUAAUAUCUCUGAUACCACCUGGACUGGAUCCUGGGACUGGUUCUGUUUUCAGUGUCUUGGCUUGCUAUGAGAUUCUGUCUCUGUGUAAAUACUGUAUUUUGCUCUCUGUGUGAAAUGCUGCAUGGAAACCUGGAGACCUCUGGAAUUCACCCUUUACUCUUGGCCUGGAGCCAUGAAUUGGAAAGCAGCCUUCCACUCUUUGCCUUUCCUUUUCUUGACUCGACAAGCUUGUUCUCAAAUGUUGCUCUGUUUAAUGUUUCUACUUCAUUCUCAAACAGGAUCUGAACUUGUCCAUUCACAAUCCAUGAAUGUCUGGGUUUUUGUAGUGUGUACAUUUCAUUAUGUGUGUGUGUCCAACUGCAGAAGCACUAAAGACUCAAUGCCUCCAAGUUCUUCAAACCUGUAUGGGGUUUUGGAAGCCGAUAAUAACAUGACCAAUAUGUUGACCGAUGCAGUAUGAAAGGGUAGGAGCACAGGGUGAGACAGAGUAAGAGCCUGGUCCGACCAGGAAGUGGCACAGCAAAAUUAAUUUGUGCAUCUUUGCAAAAACUGUGCUGUAAGCUUAGUGAGCGACUGUGGCCGGAGAGCUAACUGGUAACGUGCUAGUACUAGUCAGCCGUAAUACCCCAUCAGUCACUAACCAGACAAUAGGGCCGCCACUUCUUCAAAAAAUGAAGUUCAAACAAAUAAAGACUAACAUGCAAGUCAUUCAAAAAUACAUCGAACACAACCCACGCAGCCUAAUACAAAACUACCAGCGUUGUUACAUUCAGUUGCGGUGCCUCCACUGCUUCAAUAAGUGGCAGGCUAACGGACAUUGUAAUUUUUACCUUACCUUUAUCCAUGAGUUUUCCAUUUUAUGGAGUUGAAUCCAACAUUUUCCCUCAUUUUUCUUUCUCAGAUAGUUGGGUGGAAUGCUUAUGUGGUAGCAUGGCUCACUACUUUACUCAAACAGACAUCUCACAACAACAAUAGCCUACUUUACUGAGUACAGUGCAUAUUAGGAACACCUUCCAUUGGAGAACAAGACACAGUUGUUAAUAUACACUGUGAAGUUUGAAUUUGAAUCAUUACCGGUAGAAUAUUUCAUUAUUUCCAACAUUCGAGCAGUAGCUGGAAUUUCACACACAAAGUGACAGCCCUACUGGGUAAUACAGUUUAUUCAAGAUACAGUCUGUACUUUCAUUACAUUCGUGCCACAUGUCUGUUGUGGAUCAAGUUAUUACUCUGGAAGAGGAUGGAUAUAUAUAAUACUGUAUGGUGCAACAUGACUAAUAUGAUAGUUUCCUCCAUUUUGGACUCUUGGAGCCUCCGUUCCCUCAAAGGUCAGCGCUGUCGACGCAGUCCACGCCGAAGCUCCGUGUGUAUUUCAAAGAAAUUGAUCGCAACGAUUCAGUUCAAACGAAUUGAUUUCAGUCCAAAAUGUUGCCGUUAUUAAUACUGCUGUGACUGUCAAGUCUGUCUUGAGGUCUUUUUUUUUUUCUUUUUUUUUUUGUAAGACAGAAACUAAUUCUGUUGCUGAUUUGACAUUUAUCAUGUGCCACACUCCUCAAAAAAGAACACACAUAUGCCAAUUCUACAAUUGGCUAAAUAUCAGCAGUAAAAAUAUAUUAGACUAAUAUAUUAUUUUUUAAAGCUGACACUGGCCAAUACAAGUAGAGUAAUAGUGUAUCUUUACCAAAAAGUCAUGAAGUUUCCUCCCUGUUGUACGUAGUGCUCGUGUCCUUGUUAAGUCUAAAUAAUGAAAGAUGAAAAAACGUCUUUUUGAAUCAUUGUUACAGAGGACAGAUUCAUGGUGCACAGACAUAAAAAGCACAAACAAAUAUUCGUCCGGCUCUCAGCACCGUCCACAUGCAGCUGUUAUUCCAAACUGUCAAGUGAACCAUUAUAAGCUAAGGAAACCCUCAGGAAGAUUGUGGAAACGGCACAAAAUGAAACGCGGUGGAGCCGCUUUCUGCACUGUUGCCACCUUUCAUGUCGGAAGGGGCUCGGGAGCUAUUUAUAUUCUAAAGAUAUCAUAAAAUAAGCCCUGCUUUUCCACAAACCAAGCUGUGAGGAUUUGGCCUUUCAUUAUUAAUAGUGUUAUUUGUUUUUUAGUUUGAGGCCUUCAGAGGAAUGUUUAAUUCACGUUCUGUGGCUGAUGCAGAACUCACUUUACUUGAAGCUAGGAGUGUUUUGCAUGAGCUUUCCUCACCUUACUUUUUGGGUUAAAUUUGCCUUGUUGAUGUGAUGUUGUACAGCUCGAAUAUAUAUUUUUGUAAUUCAUAGAAACAAGCAUCUGUCCAGUUACAGAUUUGAUGUCCUCCAUUUGAACCACAAAUUUGAUUACACAAAAGAAAUUUCAGGUUCUUACCGGUGUGUCCAAUCAGACUCAGAUACCCGACACACCUUUGGCGUUUUCUUGGACUCUUGGAAAGGGUUUUUGUUUUUGUUUCAAAAUAAUUUGUUGCCGUUCUUCAUUUUUAAAGAUACAAAGCCAGUGCUUACAGCUGUGUGCCGAUUUCUGAAACUUUGUAGUAUUUCCUGUCAGAAGGUGACGUUUCAAAUUUUCAGGUAUGCAAACAUGUUCUUACUGUCAGUAACCGCACUGUUAGCUGAAGUUUUUAAAGCAUCGAGCUGUAUUUUCAGUGCUGCCCCUCAGUUGUUAAGGAGCAGUACAGAUGCUGAACAACUUAUUUAAUUUAACUGAGUCUAUUCAACAUAAUUGCCUGUAGCACCACAGACAGCAGCAGCCUUUGUAACAGCAUCAGAGCUUUACUCUCAGUAUUGAACCUUUAAGCUCAAUACUUAAACUUUUUUCCUCUUUUAAUUUAAAUGUUGCUUCAUAUGUGGGGUCGAUUUGUCUAAAAAUGUCUUUAUUAACUUAAAAUAUUAUAUUUUCACUACACUGAAACUCAUUGCUCUUUGUGGACAUUAAUACAUUGUCUGUACAAUGCUGCCAUAUAGACUGAAAACAGUGGCUAUGAUUGAAAACUCCACUUUGUUCUUUAAACUACAACCAUUAAAUAUGAUGUUUAGAGAGAUUCUUGUACUCCUGAUAUUUUGGGUAGACAUGCAACAUGGAUGUAGAUUUUUUUUUUUUUUUUUUUUUUGUCUUUAGUUACAUUAGCAUGUGAUGUAAGUUUGCACUUAAUCUAGAGAAGAUAUUUUAGUAGUCUGUCUCUGUCGAUAUAUGGUUAUUUUGCAGAGGGAGAUUUCUAGAAGUAAAGUUUGUAUUUUUAUACAUGCUUGUAAUUUCUAUUUGUUUAAUAAAUGUCAUGUGUCAUUUUUGUGGAA